AUGGCUCCUGUUAGAAAGAAAAAAACAGUUAAAACUAUUAAGGGUGCUGAAGGUUCAGUGAAAACAACGAGAAAAUCAGUUCCUUUAUGUCAUGUUGGUUAUUGUGGGAACGUGGAUAAAUACAAUGCUUGUCGAAAGAAGAGGACCAUUGGUACAGAGGUUGAUGAAGGAAAAUUUGGAGUUAUUAAAGAUAAGGCACAGGGAAGGUGCUAUUUUUGGGAUACUAUAUUCUCGAAUAUUACUGUGAGCAAUACUGCUUCUACAAUUGAAUUACCAACCAAAACUGGUACGACUAAUAUUGUGGGUUUAAUGGAACCUAUGACAAUAAGAUUUUUUAUCGUACAAAUUUGCGAUGAGAUGAUGGCAAAAAAAAAGAGUUAUUCAUUGGAGGAGCUCUUUGUUGACAUAAAUGAAUUAGGAGAUAGGCUUCGGUUUCGAGAUCCUUUCAAACCAAUAGCGGAGGAAAAAUUGGAAUUUUCAUGUGACACUAGAUGUGAUUUUCAAACAAAAAGUUUGGUUUUAUGUGCUGAUUUGAACCAUAGAAUAUGUGUUUUAUCAAGAAAUACUGGAGAAAAUAUAGUAUACACAGAAGGGAAUUUUAUGUUAGCAAUAGUGAUAGAUUAUUCUGAUUGGAUGUAUAAGAUGAGGUUAUGUAGAUUUGAAGGACCAGAGAGAUCGUUAUUUGGUAAUGAAGCUAAACUAGAAUUAGGUUAUUCUGGAAUAUCUGCGUUUAUUAGCGGUGGAUCUAUUGAGGCUGCGUGGCGAUUAGAUCCUUCUAGCAUGGGAGGGUUACAGGGAUUGUUUAGCAUGCUCAAGAAGUGUUGUGAUAAGGAUAGAAUGCAAGUUAAUACUUGA